GACUUCGUGACAAAUAGAACCAAAAUACAUUUAUAUAUUCCUUCACAACGCUCUCGUUUCAGUGAAUAUUUGAAGUACAAGCAUGAGGGUCGCUGUUGUCCUAUUGGUUUUGUGCAUCGUUUAUCAUACAUCAGCUGAAACAUGUUCAUCUAACGGAGAUUGCACCAACACAGUGUGUGACAGUACACACGAUCUGGAAUGUCACAAUGGACAAUGCACGUGUGUAAACCAUGUCAGUUCUUGCUCAUCCGCAUCUGAUUGCUCCGGAAAUUGUCGCUUCUUUGGCCGCCAUGGAAAAUGGCAUUGUGUUGAUGCUAAGUGCCGAUGCUUCCUCGUUUAAUAAAUGAUGUUUGAUACCUUA